AUGCAGGACGAGAAACAAGAUGCAUUAAAAGGCGACGAAGUGGUUAUUAGCGGAAUAUCCGGAAUAUUUCCGAAAUCUGAUUGCGUUUUGGAGUUCAUGGAAAAUUUAUAUAAUAAGGUUGACAUGGUGGUAUGCGUCGACCCACAUUUUGUCCAUCCAGAUGUUCCACAUCAUAUAGGAAGAAUGAAUGAACCGAAUAAAUUGGAUGCUCAAUUUUUUAAAGUCACGUUCAACCAGGCCAUAACCCUGGAUCCUAUGUGCAGAAAGUUAAUAGAACAUUCGUAUAGUGCUAUUUAUGAUGCUGGAAUCAAUCCACUCACGUUGGACGGUAAAAAAGUUGGUAUAUACGUAGGAUUGGCUUCCUUAGAUGCCGUUAAAUUUUUUAUGGACAGUGACGUUAAAACAAAUGUAUUUUUUGUAACUGGCGCAUCCAAAACAAUGCUGCCAAAUCGCAUAUCAUAUUAUCUCAAUACAAAAGGCCCAUCUUACGCUAUUGAUGCAUCUACCGCUAGUUCAUUACUAUCCUUAGAUCAAGCUUACCAACAUCUACUUUCUGGUGAAAUUGAAUCUGCCAUUGUUGCUGGAUCUAAUAUUUGUAAGCAGCCAACAUUUGGUGUUAAUUUAAGGAGAGCAGGACUUACAUCUCUUGAUGGUAAAACAAAAUGUUUCGAUGAAAACGGAGAUGGCAGCGUAAGAUCAGAGGCAGUCAGUGUUAUAUUUUUACAAAAGGCUAAAGAUGCGAAAAGGAUUUAUUCUCAAGUAUAUCACGUGAAAAGCGGUUAUUCGAAACCAGAAAUUCACUGUUUCCCAAAUCGUGGAGAAAAUGAUAUUUUAGCAUUCUUGCAAGAGUUCUAUUCUGAAAUUGACGUGGCACCCUCUUCCGUUGAAUAUGUAGAAGCGAACUCUCCCGGCAUUGCAUCUCGCGACAAAGUGGAACUUAAAGCAAUAAGUAGAUUUUUUGGAGAUAAAUCACCAGUUAAAGUUGGAAGUGUAAAGUCUAAUAUGGGUAAUAGUGAGGGAGCCUCCGGCAUGUGCUCGUUAACUAAGGUAUGUCUAGCAUAUCACACUGGAACUAUUGCUGGUAACAUAAACUGUUUGAAUCCUAUGAAAACAGAGAAGGCCGUUAUAUUAAAAGAAAACGUACCAUUUAAUAGAGGAUUCAUCGCCAUAAAUGAUUUCUCGUACACCGGAAAUAAUGGCCACGCCCUACUUAAAGGAUAUUAUAAACCAAAGGAUUACAAUCGUUACAAAUGCAGUAUACCUUAUUUAGUAUUGAUUUCUGGAAGGGAUGAGGACUGUUUAAACCAUCUUUUUGAUACUUUACAAGGCUAUCCGGUGGACCCUGAAUAUGUAGGGAUGUUACAUCAAAUUCACAAUUGCGAAAUUAAAGGGCACACAUCGCGAGGAUUUAUUAUGCUAGAUGGCAAUGCAAACCAACAAUCAAGAGCACUGUCAAGGAGCGUAGAAUAUUGUGCAGGUAUCAAACGGCAAAUUUGGUUUCUCUUUAGUGGCAUGGGGUCACAGUGGGUUGGUCAUAGUGCUGGUGAAACAGCAUGUGGGUAUGCCGACGGAUGUUUUACUAGAGAACAGAUGAUCCUUUCCGCGUAUAGCCGAGGGAAAGCGUCUUUAGAAACCAAUUGUAUUCCUGGUGCUAUGGCGGCUGUAGGAAUGGGGCAUAAAGAUAAAUUAUUAUUUUAUUUUUUUAGGCUCGUAUUAAAACGUUCUGAACAAAGUAUUGUUUCAACUAGGAAUCGCGAUGUCGUUAUUUCUCUUAGUGAUGAAGACUAUGCAUGUAUCAAGGAUCAUGUGAGAGAUGGUAUGAUCGUUUUACCUGAAAGUGUAUUACUAGUAUUGACGUGGCAAACGUUGGCUAUGUCGAUGGAUAUGAAUUUCGAGGAUCUUUCAGUAAUAUUCAAAGAUAUAAAUUUCAACACUCAAGUAGAAUUAAAACCAGAAAACUUACUAAAUCUUAGCAUAUCUAUAACAAAGAAGAAUGGCAGAUUUGAGGUAGUUCAUAACAAUGAAAUAAUUGUAACUGGUUACAUACUUGAAUAUGAGAACGAUCCAAUGAGAAAGGUUAAUCAUUCUAGGGCCAACACAAUAAACGACGUAACUUUGUUUGCAGCAGAUAUAUACAAAUUCCUUAACCUUCAAGGGCACGUGUAUACAAAUCAAUUUCAAUCUCUUCAUUCGCUAAACUUUAAAUGCAAUGAAGCAUACAUAAAAUGGGCUGGUGAUUGGAUCACGUUCCUAGAUGGCUUAAUACAGAUCAACAUAUUAGCAAGCAAUCACAAUGGUAUAUCUAGACCGAAACUUAUAGAGAGUUUGACUAUUGAUGUUAAUGAGCACGCCAGUGGAAAAUACAAAUCUAACAUUGAUGGCGCUAUCUGCUAUAAAGCAGACUAUUAUGAGAACUUUAAUAUUCUAAGAAGUGGCGGUGUUCAAGUUGUGAAUGUUAAUUUUGAAAAUCUUAUCCCUCAGCGGGUCGAAUCUGAUUUCUUAGGCUCGUUACAGUUUUGGCCACACUUUUCAGAAACAGAACUCGAAUUAAACACAGCUAUCGCAAUAAAUAUGCAAAUAAUUGCUGAUGCUACUCUGCAAAAGGACAUAAGAAUAACGGAGCUUAGAACAUCAAACAUAAAUAUCAUAUCAAAUGCUAUAAAAGACGUGUCAACUCAACUCCUUAUAAAAUUGAGAUUUAAUUAUAUCAAUAUUGAAAAUAGAAAACUAAAUCUUUUGAAAAAACAUGAUUUAUCUCAGUCAGAAGUAGUAGUUGUUUAUGAUUUUAUAAUGAAUACCGAGAUGAUGGCUGCAAUACAUGAUCAGCUACCAAGCAAUGGAUUUGUUUUUUCGUUAGAAAAAAGAAAAAAUAAAAAAUACAUCAUUCAAACUGACUAUUUUAAUAUUUUAACUGUAUUUCCUACUUAUGACGAUUAUACAUUAGUUUUAUUAAACAAAGUUGAAAUUAAUCAAGUUGUAAAAGAUAAAGUUGUUGUAAAAGUUGAUGAUGAUACCUUCUCUUAUAUGAAUACAUUAAAAAAAGAGCUUAACAAUAAUAAGAGAAUUGUACUACUAUACGAGAAACAAAUCUAUUUUGACCUAAAGGGUUACUUGAGAGGCUUACUCAAAGAAUAUCGAAAAAAAAUUAGUUUGUAUAUGAUAUUAGAUGAAGGAUCGCCUGUUUUUAAUGUCAACAAUAAUUUCUACAGUAAACAGCUGCAAAAAAAUCUACCAUUCAACACACUGUAUGAUGGUAAAUGGGGAGGAUAUUAUUACACCACUUUCAAUAAUUACAAAGGUGUUCCCCAAAAUUCUAAACUUAGUCUAACAGAACUUGGAAACAUAAAUAGUUGGCACUGGGAGGAGAUUGAUAAUCUGAAUAAUUCCAAUACUGUUGAGGUGCAUUAUUCAGGAUUGUCAUUAAAAGAUGUAGAAAAAGUAUUCGGAAGACCAGUUAAUAACAAAAAAAAAUCUUUUGGUAUGGACUAUAGCGGUUUUGAUGCUAGGGGUAAUCGGGUGAUGGGAAUCAUUGCCGAUGGCGCAAUUUCUAAGGAAAUUGAAUAUGAUUUAGAUUUACUUUGGCCCGUUCCAAAAACUUGGUCUUUAGAAGAAGCAGCGACAGUUCCUCUAGCGUACGCCCUCGCCUAUUAUUCUCUGGCACUUAGAGGAAAUUUGUAUGCAGGAACAACAGUUUUUGUUAAUGGCGGAGCUGGAGCACUCGGACAGGCAGUAAUAUCGAUUUGUCUAAGUUUAAAUUGUGAUAUAUUUACCACAGUUAGCGAUCCUGGCAAGAAAGCGCUUCUACUUAAGCUAUUUCCUACAUUAAAAGGAAAUCAAAUUUUAAAUUCAAGAUAUGAUGACUUUUAUGCAUUCGUUAUAAGACAAACCAACAACGAGCUGUGCAACUAUGUAAUCAACUGUGAAAGCGGUAUAUUCCGCACUGCUGCAAUAAAAUGCCUAUCAAUUUUUGGCACCUAUUUAGAUUUAUCUAAUAAGGACAUGAUAGACAACAAACCCUUGGGCAUCAGCUUUGCAAAUGAAUUUAAAUAUUACUAUAGUGUCAAUUUUUGUAGUAUUUUUGAACCGAAAUAUACACAUGAAAAGAAAGUUUUACAAUCAAUGAUAGCAGAUGGCAUCGCUACGGGAGUCGUUAGACCACUUACUUACACCAUGUUCUCAUCUUCCGAAGUAUCCAGGGCCUUCAAGUUUUUUUCUUCUAGAAGACAUAGAGGAAGGGUUCUGUUUGAUUUAAGAAAUCCGCUAAAUUCCAAUGUGAUGCCAAGGCUUGUAUUGAAUCCUCAAUUUGCAUAUGUCGUAGUGGGAGAUCAAGAUGAAUUAUGUGUUAGUAUAAUGGAUUUAUUAAUAAAACGUGGCGCGAAGAAAAUUUUCUUACAAAUAAGAUCCAAAGUGGUUUCUCCGUUCAUAGAGGCUAAGAUGUUACUAUGGAUGACUCAAGGUAUUGAGGUAAAAGUAAGCCGUUAUGGAAUUGAGGACGAAGAAAAAUGUAGACUUUUUAUAAGUGACGCUGCAAAAUUAGGGCCAAUUGAAGGCAUAUUUAUUGCUCUGUACAAGAUAGCUGCUCCAGCAUAUAUAAAUGUGCCAAGAUCAAUAUCUAAUUUGGAUAAAUUAUCAAGAAACAUGGAUUACCUUAGAUACUUUGUAAUACUAGCAAGUAAUGUUAACAGUUCGGAAGAUGAACUUGUGUUCUCAAUGUGCAGUAAAAUAUGUCACUAUCGUAAUAACAUUGGUUUGAAUGCUCUUCUAUGUCGAGCGGAAUUCGUAGAUGAGUUCGAUGGUCUUGGUAAAAACCAAAAAACGUAUCAAUCGAUACACCAAGUUUUAAAUAGCAUGGAAAAGAGUAUAAAACAAAAUUGUAGCAAUGUGAUAUCAUAUAAUACAAACAAAAAUGCUAAGAUGGAAUAUUCAAGAAAAUUAAAUGACAUUUUAGGCAAACAAACGAACGGAACUAAAUUAGAUAUAAAUGCAUCAUUACACGAUAUUGCAAUAGAAAAGCUCGCAAUAAAAGAAAUAAGAGGUUUAAUUUUAGAACACUAUCAAGUUGCAGUAUCUGAGAGAAAACUUAUCCAAAUGUCUUUAUCCAGUAUCCAGAAUGUUGAAUACUAUUUAGACGAAUUAAAGAACAACAUUGGGCUUGAUGCAAUAAUCUCGUACGUCAAUGACGAUUCUUAUGAAGCAUGUGAUUCAUUCAAACAAAUGUUAACGUUGACGAAUAAUAUUCCAGAGAAACUCUAUGACAUGGAUUAUGUUGACCCUGCUUCUGAAUAUUUGAUUUUAAUUCCUGGUUUUCAAGGCGAUUGUGGCGUGUUUGAAUCUUUAUGCUCCACUCUCAAAAUUAAAGGCAUAACUGUCCAACUUGGACCAGAUUUAGCAGCAAAUACUAUAUCAGGAAUCGCAGAAAAUGGUAAUGCAAACCAACAAUCAGAAGCACUGUCAAGAAGCAUAAACUAUCAUGCAGGAAACAAACGGCCAAUUUGGUUUAUGUUUAGUGGUAUGGGAUCACAGUGGGUUGGUAUGGGAGAAGCCUUGAUGCGGAUACCAAUAUUUAAUGAAGCAAUUCAAAUAUGCGACAAGGUUCUAAAACCUAAAGGAUUAGAUAUUAUAAAAAUAAUAUGUGAUAAAGAUGACACUAUUUUUGAUAAUAUUCUACACUGUUUUGUGGGUAUCGCUGCAGUACAAAUUGGUCUCGUGGAUAUAUUGAAAGCUAUUGGAAUAGAAUGCGAUUAUAUGAUUGGUCACAGUGUCGGUGAAAUAGUAUGUGGGUAUGCCGACGGAUGCUUUACUAGAGAAGAGCUGAUCCUUUCUGCGUAUAGCCGAGGGAAAACGUCUUUAGAAACCAAUUUUAUCCCGGGUGCUAUGGCGGCCGUAGGAAUGGGGCAUAAAGAUUUAUACCCAAUAUGCCCUGCAGAGAUAGACAUCGCUUGUCAUAACAGCUCUGAAUCGUCAACUAUAUCAGGACCAGCUGACGAUGUCGCCCAGUUUCUGAAAGAAUUGACAGCGAAGGGAAUAUUUUGUAAAGAGGUGUCGUGCAGUAAUAUUGCCUUCCAUUCUCGGUACAUUAGUGUAGCUGCAAAAGAGAUUUUCCGUGAGACUAACGGGAAAAGAGUAAUAGAUAAGGAUACAUGGUGGUGGUCAGAAGAAGUAAAAAGUGUAUUUAAAGAAAAGAUGUCGAAAUUUAAAGAUUGGCAGAAUGUUGAUGAAUGGAAUUUAAGAUUGAAAGUAGCAAAGAAGGAA